GGCUGCAGUAUUUACAGCAGCAGGAUGGUGCAUGUGGGACACAGACAAACUAACCUAUGGUGUCCUGUGUUCAUUCUUUCCCUGUCAAGUUAUGUUCAGGUUACCCGUGGGCCCCGAGUCAUGUGACUUAUUUGAACUGCCUUCUCCACUUCUACAAAAUAGGCAGCAAAACUGAAAAGUGAAAAGAAAGUUGAAAUGAAAGUCCAGCCUGAUUUCCGUCUGGUUUCUCUAAACCUCACUGACAUUGAUGCUCAGUCCACAAAUAACUCUUUAUUUUCUGACGGAGUCUGCGUGCAAGAUAUCCUCCUGCUUUUCUCAUUUAAAUUUUACCAAUAUUGAAGUCUGUGAUGUCAGACUGUGAUUCAUCCUGCACGUCUCAACAGAAGAGCAUCGUAAGCAACCAGCUCUGCGAAGGAUGUGAGUGCUCAGAGGAUGAAGGCAGAAGGCUGAAGAGGAGAGAGAAGAACAGAGUUGCAGCUCAGAAGAGCCGCAAGAGACAAACCCAGAGAGCUGACCUGCUGCAUGAGACCUGUGAGCUGCUGGAGCAGAGGAACAGAAAGCUAAGGAGAGAGGUGGAUUCUCUGUCAGAGGAGCAGCACCUGCUGACUGAAGCUCUCAGAGCCCACGAGCCCCUCUGUCCCAUCAUGCACUGCUCCUGCACCUCCUCCAGCCUGCAGCCUGAUGACAUGGCAGCCUGUUCAGUUUGACUUUCUGAGCACAGUGAACUCCUGAAUGUCUAAGCUGACAACUGUCCCAGUAAACCUCUGGAGGCCGCUGUUGACUGUGAUUAGAAAUGAAGUGCAGCUGCAGCAGAUCUGACCUCUGGUGGCAGAACUGAUCAUCACAGUCAACAGCGUCCUCUGCUGGUUUAUGCAGCAGCUCAUGUCCAUAAUGUAAAUACAGUAAGUUUGCUGCACUGUACAUGUGACUAAAAAUUAAACAAAACGCAU